AUGAGUACUUUGAAAGGUAAUUUAAAAUUAUUAAACUCUAAUAUAAAUGUUCAAGAGAAAAAGAAGAUAUGGCUAGAUACUAUAAAAGACGAUCCCAUAUGUUUAAAAGGUUGUGAUUAUAAAAGUUUAAAAAGUAUAGCUCUUACAUUUUUUAAAGAUAAAAACUUAUACAAUGAAGAAAAUUUGGUUAUAUUAAAUUUCUUUUGUAAAGAAAAACUUGAUGAUUUUCUUUUGAAUGAUGAAAUUAUGGAAUUCUUACAAAAAACAUAUCUGUUGUAUGAAUAUUUUAUAAAAGAAGGAUGUGAUAAAAUUAAUAAAAAACAGUUUAUUGAAAAUAUAUCUGAAUGUUGUAAGAGAAUAUUUUUAAAAAAUAUUAUAAAACAUGAAAAAGAAAUACUAGAUUUCCUUUUAAAAAAUUUAAUGAAUUAUAUUAACAAAUAUUCAUUCUGCUUAAUUUAUCAGUCCUUAUAUAACAUAUAUCAAUAUAAUCAAAAUAAUUAUAACCAAAUAUAUUAUGUAAAACAAAAUCCAACAUUUGAGUUCUUAUUAUGUCUAGAAAAUAAAAAAAUAAAUAAUGAAGUCCUAUUAAUUAAUAAUAAUAAAUUUGCUAUAGAUUCUUUAUUCGUAUUAAAUGAAAAUGAUGAAAAAGGUAUACGAGAAUAUUUUGAGAAAAAUGGAAAUGUCACCAUAUGUGAUGCCUAUAGAGAAAGAGAAAAUACUCAAGAGGAUGAAGGUUAUAAAAAUUAUAACUAUGAAAGUGAUAAAAACAAUGAUAUUGUAGAAUAUGUUAAUGAUAAUAAGAAAGAACAAAGAGGAACGAUUUUAAGAACGAAACAAAGCACAUCUUCUAAUGAUAAAAAUAUAUCAAAAAAUCUUGAAUCAUUAAAUAAAGAAUUUUCUUGUUUCUAUUUGUUUAUAUAUUUUAAAAGUUGCUUUGAAAAUAUAAAUUUUUAUUUAAUAGAAAAAUUCAUAGAAAAUUAUUAUAUUAAUCAUAAUAAUGAAAAUAUUUACAAGGAAUUGUUAUUAUUUCUCUUUUUAAUAUACAAGGAUAAAAUGAAUACAUUAGUAGAUAGAAUAUUAACAGAUAGUAUAAAUUAUUUAAACAAUAAUUAUACGGCUAGUAUUAUAAAUAAUAAUGAUAGUAAUAAUAAUCAUAAUAAUAUUUAUCAUAAAAGUAAUAGUAGUAAUAGAAGCUAUAGCAAAAAUUAUUCACAUAACCAUUUAGAGUCUCAUAAGAAACAGAAAAGAAAUACAAACGAAAAUAUAAAAGAACGUAAUAAAGAAUUAUAUCUUAGUGAUUGUUUAUUUUAUUAUGAACUUUUAAUAAAUAUUAUCAUUUACAAAAAUUUGAAUUAUGAAAAUAAUUAUGAGUACUAUCUAAAUUUUAUAAAAACAUUACAUGAUAAUGAUACUUUCCAAGAAAUGUUUUUGUCAUCAUUCUUUUUUGUUUAUAUAAGUACAAAUGAUGUAAGUAUUAGAAAUGUUUUACUAACAAAUUUUAUUAAAUAUGGGUCCAAAAGGUUUUCUACCUUGUCUAAAUUAUUCACAUCUAUCAAACGUAUUUUUUAUAUAAUAUAUCAUGAUAUAGUAGAUGAAAUGUAUAUAUAUAAUAAUAAAUUGUUUACAAAUAUUCCAGGUCAAUAUAGUAUAAGAAGAAAUGAAAUAUUGGAUACUGAUGAAAAGGAAUUGAAUUAUUUAAAUUUUGUUAAGAACAAUAAUAAUAUAUGUAUAGACAAAUAUAUUUGUUUAUUUUUUAAAGAAGUAUACUAUAUUAUUAGUAGAACUAAUAUGGAAUAUUUUGCCUUAGUUACACAUUUAUAUUUAUAUACAUAUGAUUAUAUUUUUCAAAAAAUUAUAAAUGUUAUAUAUGAAAAUGAAAUGAAUUUAAAUGAUACAUCAUUCGAUAUUUGUAAACAAGUUCUAAAACCUUUUCUAUUUUUAUAUGUAGAUAUAUUUGAUAGUUUUAUAGAAGCAUUAAAAAAAAAUGUAUAUAGUGAAAAAGUUAUGAUUACAUAUUCUUUUAUAAAAAAAUAUCUUUUUAAAAAUAUGUAUGAAAAAUCAUUUUUACAGAAAGAUUUAUUUUACGUUAUCUAUCAUAUAUAUUUUCUUCAGUAUGUUCUUAAGUAUAACUUUUUAAACUUCCUAACAAAUUUUAUAACUACUAAAAGAAAUGUAAGUCAAUAUCUUGAAAACUUUCUUAAAUUGAAGGAGGAACAUAUGAAGGAAAUUGAUGCAACUUUAGAAAAAAAUGGAAAUUAUGAAAAUCAAAAAGAAAUUUUAAACGAAAAAGAAAUUUUAGAUGAAAACGAAAAUUUAAACGAAAAAGAAAUUUUAGAUGUAAACGAAAAUUUAAACGAAAAAGAAGUUUUAGAUGAAAAACAAAAUAAUCAUGAUAUGUUAGAAGACGAUAAAAAGAUAAAGAAACUUAAUAAUGAAAAAGAUGAUAAGGUGGAGAAAGCACAAAGAACAAAAAGAACUGAAAGCAAAUAUGGUGGUAAUAAAAAAGGUUAUUAUAAUGAAGAUGAUAGUAGUGAUGAUGAUAAUAGUGAUGAUGAAGAAUGGGAUGAUUACAAACAUAUCAAGAGUUAUCGAAAUGGAAGAAAUAAAAAACAAGAAAAUAAUAAUAAUAAUAAUAAUAAAAAAAGGAAAAAAGCAAACGAUAAAAAUAAAAAUAAUGUUGAAAAAAUGGAUGUCAUUGAUCUUUCUUGUUCAGACAAGGAAAGUGAAGAAGAACGUUAUAGAAAAAAAAAAAAAGAUUCAAAAAAAGACAUAAAAAGUGAUGAUAAUAAUAAUAAGAAUGACGAUGAAAAUGAUAAUAAAAAUAAUUAUAACAAUAACAUCCAAAAUAAUAAUAUGUAUAAUAAGAACAACAAUAAUAGCUCUUCAUUUUUGAAUAAUGAUGAUCCUGAAUUGUUAUGUGAUAAAAUGUCAGAGGAAGAAGGACAAAAAAAUAAAUGUGUAAAUAAUGUAGUAGAUGCUGAAAAGGAAAGAAUUAUAAGUUUUUUUGAAAAAAAUUACCUUGUAUUAAAAUAUUUUACAUCUUAUACAGAUGAUAUGAUAUUUGGUCAUGACGAAAGUUAUAUUACUAGUUUGGAUGACUAUAUAGAUAUUAAGGAGCACACGAAAUUGAAAAGGAUAAGUAAUAACAUGAAGAACAUGAAUAAAAGUAAUAAUAAUAAUAAUAAUAAUAAUAAUGAAAAUGACAAUCAACAUAAUAACAAUAAUAAUAAUAGUAGUAGUAAUUAUAAUUAUAUAGGUGCAACAUCAGACGAUAAAAGUCGAUUUAUCAGAAAAUUGCACUCGUUUUAUAACAAGAAAAGAAAUGUGGAUAAUACCAUUAACGAAUUAUUUUUAAACAAUAAAGAUAAUGUGUAUAGUAAGAUUUUAAAAAAUAAUUUGUCAAUAAUUAAAGAAUUGAGAAAUUUAAGGAUGGAUAUAUUAUAUCCUAUUUUUAAUGCAAGUUUAGUAUUUUUAUUUGAUGAUUUUUAUUUUUUCAUUAUACAAAAUAUCAAAUUAGUUAUAGAAGAAAAAGAGAAAUUUUAUUAUGAUCAUAAAAUAUUUUUAAACACAUCUCUUAUAUUAUUACACUGCUUAUCAAAAGAUGUGAAAAUAGAAAAGUAUCUUGUAUCCAUUUUUUAUAUUUUAAAAUUAUCGUUUAAUAAAUUAAAAUCUAUAGAAAUUAUAAACGAAGGUAUACACCAGAAUAAAGAUCAAAUAUAUGAUAAGAACACAAAAACGUUUCAAAAUAAUGUUAAAUAUUAUAAUAUAAAAAAAGAUAAAGAUAUAGUAACAUCUUAUGUAGCAUGCCAUAAGAAAAAUAACGAUGACCAUGAAAACAAUAAUAAAAACAUUACCUUAAAUGAAUUAGAAGAAAACAUAAAGUUGUAUCAAAAUGUGUUUUAUAUCUUUCUAAAAUUAUUACAAAAUAUAUCAAAAACAAAUAAUUUAUAUUAUAAUUUUAAAUUCAUAAUAUAUGAUAUACUUUUUUCACCAUACUCAAAUAAAAAAAUUAUUUUUUCUUGUAUGAAAUGUAUAUUAGAUAGAUCCAAGUUGGAUGAAAUAUAUAAUUACUGUCUAAAUGUGUUAGAUAAAAUAAAAAUGGAUGAAAAUAUUAUAGAAGAGUUGUUAAAUGUAGAAGAUAAUAUAUCACAUAAUAAUAAUAAUAUGGUUAGCUAUGAAUAUAAUAAAUACAAUAGUGAUUUAGAUCAAGAAAAUGAUAUCAAUCAAAAUAACAAAGGAUAUGUUAAAAACAAUAUUAAUUAUAAUAUACAACAUAAUAAUUCAAAUAAUUUUAAUAAUGAUGAACAUUUCAAACAUAUAUCAUUAAAAAAUAUUAAUGAGACAUAUAUAAAAGAGAAUAAUUAUUUACCCUUAAUUUUGUACAAUAAAAAUAAUAUAGGAAAUUCUUUUUUUUUUAAUGAUAUUGAGAAAAAUAGUAAAAGUCGUGAAAUUUCUUCCUUAUAUAUUAACAUUUUAAUAUUAUAUUAUAUUAUAACACAAAAAGAGAAAACUAAUAAGAAGACAACAUAUUGUGACAAUUAUUUAAAAUUUGAUAUAGAUAAUUGUAGUAUGAUUAUAAAUAAAUUAAUUUGUCUUUUACAUACAAAUAAUGAUUUUAAUUCUUCUUAUUAUAAAUAUAUAAAAUAUUUGAGCUUUAAAACAUUUAAAAAAAUAUACAGUUAUUUGUCUAUAAAAGAAGCAGAUAUAUAUACAGGACAUAUAAAAAAUAAAAGCACAGAAGAUAUAAUAAAUGAAGAUAAAAAGUUAAACGAUAUAAAAGUAUUAAAACUUGAAAUAUUAGAAUACUUUUAUAUUAUAUCAAAUAAAGAAAUUAAAGAAUAUAUCAUGAAAAAUAAAAAAUCAAAUAAUACUAAACAAAACAACUUAUCAACCUAUUCAGAUGAAUAUAGAUUUUUCUUUUCGAAUAAUUUAAAUUGUAAUAAUAUUAUAUUAAAAAAUGACAACUUUUAUUUUAUGAUAAAUUCUUUAUUAUUCAUUUUCAACAUGAAAUAUGAUAAAGCUACCUUUUAUAAAUUAAUAACAAUUAUACUGAUGGAAAAAAAUGAAUAUAAAAAUUAUGUUCUAGAAAAAAUUAUUCCAUCUAUAAAAAAGUUUUUUAAAUUAAGUUAUAUAAUAAACAAUGUUAAAAGAGAAAAUAAAAAACAGAAUUUAAAAUUGAGUAAUGAUAUAAUGAAUCAUUCAGUAUUAUUAUAUAUUAUUAGAACUAUUAUUAUUCUCUUCUUAUUAAUUGACUAUAAUCAUAUAAAUAAACAUAAUAUCAUAAUUAAUGAGAAUUAUAUAAGUUAUCAUAUGUUUAUUAAUGAUUAUAUCAAAAAGAAAUCUCUCAAAUAUUAUUAUACACAAUUAAAUUUUUUAUUAUUCAGAAUAUUUUAUAAUGAAAAAAAUUUAUCAUAUUUCUUUAAAAUGUUUUUUACUACCUUAUAUAUUAUAUCUUUCAAAAAAAAAGGUAAUGAAAAUAUGAUGUUCUUCUUUGAAAAAAUAUUCCACCUUAAUAUAUUAGAUGAAAACGUAUAUUCUUCAACAAAUAAAAGAAAUAAGUUAUUAAAAAACACCAUGAAUGUUCAGGAGAAUCAUCAAAUUGUAGAAGACAUGAAAAAGUUUAAAGAAGAAAAUGAGGAAGAUAAUAAUAAUCCAAAUUUUGUUCAUUCUGAGGAAGAAAAACAAAAUUAUAACAAGAAAAAUAAAAACAGUGUUGAAAAUAGUGGAAAAAAUAUAGUAGGUACACAUAAACAAAGAAAGAAUAAAUCAGUAAAUAAAUCAGAGAAAAAUACAAAAUAUAACAAGGGAUAUAACACAGAUGAUAAUAGUACAGAAAAUGAUACAAAUGAUAAUAAUAACACAGAAAAUGAUACAAAUGAUAAUAACACAGAAAAUGAUACAAAUGAUAAUAACACCGAAAAUAAUACAGACUCUAAUACAGAGGACCAUUCACAAGAUAGUCAUUCACUCUAUAGUAGUGAUGAAGAAGUUAGAAAAAAUUAUCGUGAAAUUUUAAGAAGUCAUAAAAAAAAUGAUGGUGGCCUAAAUAAAAAAUGUAUUAAAUAUAAAAGCACUGUUAGAAGUAAUGGGUCAACCACUUCAUCGUCCAACGAUUCGGAUGAUACAUUUAGAAUAAGAAUAAAUAAAAAAAGAAAAAACAAAAACACACAUAAUAAAAAAAAGAAACAACAAAAAAAUGAAAAAAGAAAUUCUUCAUCAUUAGAUGAUAAUCUUAUCACAUAUGUCGAACAAAAGUCGCAACGUACAAAUAGUUCAAAUGAAAUGAAAUAUACACAAACAAAAAAGUCAGGUAAGAAAGAAUAUAUAUUAAAUCAACAACAGAUGAAACCAUUUACAGAUAAUAUAAUGGAAAAAAUGGAAAAAGAGAUGAAUAUUGAAAAUUUUCAAUUUAAUGGUUCCUUAUCUGUCAAAAUAUUAAAUCAUCUAAUAUUCUUAUGUAAAGGUUUCCAUGAAGAUUUGGAAUUAAAAAUAUAUAAUGGUAUAAAAUCAUGUUUAAAAGAUAAUGAAAUGGAUAAAGAAAAAUUAAAACAUCUAUUAGAACAAAAUAUUAAAGAAGAUCAACAUAUACAUAGUCAUGGAUCAUCCAUAAAAUAUAAAAAAAAAUUAGAACUCUUAAAAAUGAUUGACACCAAAAUUAUAUUUCUUACAUAUAUAAAAGAUAAUUUAGAAAAAAGAAAAUCUCUUGUAUCUAGAAUGAGUGAAUUAAAUUUAAACAUUUUUAAAAAUAAAUCCAUGUUUCAUAUUGAUAUCGAUUUUAUUUAA